CGAGUAAGGCAAGAUGUCGGUCGGCAGGAUCGGCGAAUAUCGUCUCGGCACGAAUGCGUCCUGGGAUGAAUACGUCGAACGGCUAGAGAUGUUCUGCGCUGCAAACAAGAUAACCACGGACGAGCAAAAACGAGCGGUUCUGCUGAGUUGUUGCGGCGAGGACACUUACGGGCUGAUCGUGACCUUGGUCAAGCCAGCAAGACCGACGGCGGCGAGCUACGACGACAUCAAGGGGGCGGUGCGGAAGCACAUGCAUCCAAGGCCUUCGGAGCUGUACGCAAGAUUCUUAUUCUACCGAAGAAACCAAGCUCAGGGUGAGGCGGCGUCGGAGUAUGUUACGGCACUCCGUAAGCUGGCUGAAGACUGCGGUUUCGGUGACAAACAGCUUCCACUGGACGUCAUGAUGAGGGACCGGUUCGUAUGCGGAAUCAAGAAUGAAGCGGUUCAACAGCGGCUGCUCGCAGAACGCGACCUGACGUUCGAGGUGGCGUACGACAUGACGCUGACGGCGGAGGCAACGGAGAAGCAGCAGCGCGAUAUACGCAAGCAAGCUCAAGACGGAACCAAAGAAAGCGAGGGUCUGGUUCAAGCGACACGCAUGAAACUGGACACCAAGGCGGACGACGUCAGCUGCUUCCGCUGCAACGGUGUGAGUCUCCCACUCUCACGGGUCACGGCGCUUUACCACACCGGCUGUUUUGGGACCACGGCCUCGUACAAGGAACGCUGA